CGUCAUUGUUUUCCUGGUUAGCCUGUAAGAAUGAUGCAAUAACACCACGAGUUCAGGUUGCCUGGUGUCACUAAAAUCCUAAGUCAGGCCUAAGUUGUUUUGAUGGCGGCUUUAGUAAGACGGUCACUACGAUGCCUGGUUAAACUGCAAGUCGAACCUAGAGGAUCAAGUCUUAUCAUUUUAAGACACAUGUCGCAGGUUGAGAAGCCUCUGUCCGGUAAGUCUGCCCUGGUGACGGGGUCUACCAGCGGGAUCGGACUCGGCAUCGCGCGCGCGCUGGCAGGGAGCGGCUGUAACAUCGUCUUCACCGGGCACAAGGACGAGGCCGGCAUCAGGGAACUACAUCAGGAGUUUACCAGGAAGCAUAAUGUCCAGGCUAACUACAUCCCUGCCGAACUGACCCGUCCUGGUGAUAUUGAGAAGUUAUGUCACGAGACCAUGGCGUACUACCCAGAAGGCGUCAACAUUCUCAUCAACGCUGCAGGUAUUCAGCACGUGUGUCCGAUUGAAAAGUUUCCCUUGGAACGCUGGGAUACCAUGCUGUCCGUGAUGCUGACUGCGCCGUUUCAAAUCACCAAACAUCUGCUGCCUGCCAUGAAAACUAAAGGCUGGGGGCGCAUCGUGAACGUGUCCACGGUGCAUGGGUUGGUGGCGUCUGUGAACAAGUGUGCGUAUGUCGCCGCCAAGCACGGACUGAACGGUCUUACCAAGGUUGUUGCCUUGGAGACGGCGGGGACUGGGGUCACUUGUAACUCCAUAUGUCCCGGAUGGGUGCUGUCUACGAUGAUGGAGCAGCAAAUAGCUCAAGCAUCGGCAGAAAAUGGCAUUUCUUGGGACGAAGCAAAGUGGUUACUGAUCUCUCAGAAACAACCGUCAAUGCAGUUCGCCACUAUUGAGCAGGUGUCAGCGUCAGUUGUGUACCUCUGCUCUCCGGCCGCUGACCAGAUGACCGGGUCCUGUAUGACCAUGGACGGAGGCUGGACCGCACAGUAGCACGGACACGACAUGUCUGACCAUGGCAGGGGCUUAGCCUCCUUCGCAGUCUUGUUGGGCGUCGGCGUUA